ACUAAAGCGAAAAUCGGCCUUAGAUGAAAUAAUGAAAGUAAGAGAAAUGUUCAUCAGUUUGCUCGUCAAAACCUUUUUCAAUUUAAUUUUGUUUCUUGACUGUUGCCUCGAUAGGAAGAGGAAGCGAAGAAAGCAAAAAAAGAAACUUUACGGAAAGAAAAUUGGUUAAUGAAGGUUAGAUUAUUCACUGACAGAUUAUCCAAGAUUUUUAAUUGUACCAGGCCCGUGAGCAGGGCUCAAAGUAGAGAAAAAAUAUGGCCUGCCAGUCUCAAAAUUUUUGGCAGGUGAAAUAAAUUUUAGCCUGCCGUUUUUAUUCAUUGAAACUGACAAAAUGGCAAUGUCUCAUAGGAGUCUUAUUGUGAAAAUCAAUGUUUUCAUGAUAUGCAUUUUUAGUAUUUUUAUUACAGUAAACUUGGAUUUACAUUUCAAACGUAUUUAGUCGACUAAAUGAUCUAGUAUAUAUGACAUAAGCAGGGUCACGCAAGAAUUUUAUCCAUAGAGCAAUUGGUUAUUAACUAUGGUUAUUAUGAGCCCAAAAUCAUAUACUUCAGUAACUAUUUGAAGUAAAAAACUGUCUGACGACUUUUCAAACAAGACUUAAUGUUAUUUGGUCAUUUAGAUGUAGUUUUAUAUGGCUAACUCUGCUUAUGACGUCACUAAAAUCACCGAUAAUGAGAUUAAAAAUUAAUCCAAGAUGGCGGACAGCAAAUUAUUUUAAGUCAAAAUAUUUCAAGAAAUAAUAAAGUUACGCAAAGUCGGUAAAGGAGAUUAACAUAUAAUUUUAAAAGUUCUUUAAAAUGAAAUAAUAAAAAAAUAUAUUGCUGUGUCCCUUUAAUUAAAUGAAAUAUAUUUAUAGAAUUUCACCUGCCAUUUUUUUUUACUUGGCAGUUCAAAUUUGUUUUUGCCUGCCAUUUCUAAAAUAUGACCUGCUUUUGGCCAUUGGCGCCCAUGAGCUAUGUAUGUAUCUGGAGUGAGAAGUGAGAACUCGAGUCUAAACAUUGAAGCCAAUGUAUUUGAAAUUAUUCUUCUUUAGGGAAUUGUGGUGAAAGUCGUUCAUAAGAGACUCGGUGAAAAAUAUCACAAAAAGAAAGCGGUUGUCAAGGUCAAGCUUUUUUUCAUCUUUCAUAAAGUGAUUAAAUUUGUUUUACGCUGAUUUCCACGAGGUGUGAUCGCUACCGCAACUAUUCCAUAUCGUGCUUCGUGUGUUUAUUGACGGUGGUAUUUUGUCUUAUAGUACAAUCAAAAUAGAAAAUAGGUCAGAAAAAAUUAGUAAAAAGCCAAAAAUUAGCGUAUAUGCACUCUCUUUAGCAACCUUGAUAACAUGCUAAAAGUCCUCGUGUAUCGUCUUGGAGCUUUCUCCAUUGUGACAAGUUUUUUGUUCGAUUUCCCUAGUGAACUCCUAUAUUGUUAAAAAAGUGAAAUUUCAGAUUCAUAAUCAUUUAUAGGAAAAAUAAGUUACAUCAUUAGAAGACAUUUAAACGGCUACCUUGAUUUUGCAAGUUCUUCUUGAGUUAUGAGCUGUUGGAAACGUGUUGUCAGACUAGUACCCAGGAUUUUUGCCAGAUUUUGGCCUAUUUGUCACAUUUGGAACAGCAAUAACUCGAAAACCGCUUGAAAAAUUUAGGUGACAGCUGUUUAAAUGUCUUAUAUGUAGUUUUUAUGAACUUUCUAGUGAUGCGAGUCCUUUUUGUUAUGAGUGAACUUGAAAUUUCACGUUUUUUAACAAUAUGGGAGUAAUAGGGAAAUCGAAAAAAACCUUGUCAUAAUGGAAAAAGCUCCAAGAGGAUACAUGGGGACUUGUAGUAUUUUGUUCAGGAUAGUUAAAUUAUUGCAUCUAACAAUUUUUAGCUUUUUACUAUUUUUUUCCAACCUUGGCCUUAAAAUGAGCUAAAAUUACUGAACUAUUAUUUCAGGAAGUGAAGGAGUUGUUCACAGGAAUUGUAAAAAUGGUAAACGGUGGAGAUGUCUUGAAAAUUGAUCAAACUCAUUUGGAAACCGUUAUACCUGCCAUAGGUAAUGUGAAAUUUAUUUCAAAAUGUUUAAGAACGAACUUUCUCUAAGCCUAUGUUAAUAAUAUAUUUUGUGUUCAAUGUGUAGACCACAGUAAGACUUUUUUUAGUAUAGGUAAUCAUGCGAUGGCGAGUACAAUUAGGGAUUAAUAGUACGAGUGAUGUUUGGAAAUUUUGCCAAAAUUGGACGAGCCGCUCAACAUUGUAUUCUCUCGCCAAAGCCCAGUCCUGCCAGACUUUCAACCAAAAUUUGGUGCUUUUGUUUGUAUUUUCAUUUAGUUCUUUUGUUCAAGCAAAAUUUGGUGCUUUUGUUCGUAUUUUCAUUUAGUUCCUCCACGGCAAUUUCAUUUCGCAAUUGUGUUUAAAUCAUUGAACUAAAAAUAACGUAUUUUUAGUUCACUGGUUUAAAUACCUUUCCGCCAUUUUGUUUGUUUUGGGAAAAUCAUUAAUUGUACUGCAGUACAAUUAAUGAAAUAAUUGUACUCCUCUCAACCAAUCAGCAUCCAGUAAUUUUGUCAUGCUAAUAAUAAAUGUGUUUAUCACAUCAACAAACGACGUUUCGGUGAUUUAUUCCAUCUUCAUAUAGAUAAGAUUAAAUUCAAAUUGUAAUCUUAUCUUCCUGGAGAUGGAGUAAAUCUCUGAAACGUUGUUUGUUGAUGUAAUAAACACAUUAAAAAAGUCUUACUGUGGUGUAUACAUUGAACACAAAAGUCAUGUAUAUUUGCUGCCAUGCAGUUUGUUCUAAAAACCUAAGAUCCAUGAUCUAUUUUCCAGGAAGGUUGGUUUUAAUCGUAAAUGGCCGCUACAGAGGGCAGAAAGGAACUCUGAUCGCUUUAGACGAGAAAACGUUCAGCACUUCUGUUGAAAUUAAGGAGGUAACUCUCACCUAUUGAUUGUAACAUAUUUUCAAGAUGUUUGAAAAGUUAUUGUCAUAAAAUACGUACAUGAUAUCGCGAUCAAAUACAAAUCUCCCCUUGUAAUACUGUUGUAAUGUCGAUAUAUCAUAUCUUGUCAAAAUUUCCGGGUUUUUUUUCCUCUAGGGGGAACAUCGGGGCCGUAUUGUGGACAAACUCCCGUAUGAAGAUAUUUCCAAGUUAGACACGUGACAACUCCCUGGCAACGUAUGUAUUUUUGUUCCAUCUUCAUUGUGUACUAUUGUGACCUGCCACGCCUAGUGACGUCAUCCUAUUACGUCAUAAUAUGUGACGUCAUUUUUGGCAUCAUAAUGUAUGAUGUCAUACAAAAACACCAUAAUGUUUGACAUCAUUAUACUGUAUGUGAUAUACUACUGUGUGACUUCAUGCUAUGACGUCAUGUUGUGACGUCAUGCUAUGGUGUCAUUAUGUAUGACGUCAUUCUAAGGCGUCCUAAUGUGUGGUGUCAUUGGAGGAGUAACCAUUACAGUAUGGGACCAUAAUAGUUAUUGAUAUCGAUUAGAAGUUAUCAUUGUCUAAAUGGCUUGACUUCAGCAAUAAUAAUGAGAUCAGCGCAUGAUAUAGUCGCUAUGUCGUUCAGCUCAAAAUGAACAUUCAGUGUUUCAAAACAUUCUGGGGAUGCAUUUCGCUUUAAUUAAAAGUACUUUCAAAAACAUUUUACAACAGUAUCUUAUUAGGCUGAUAAUAAAUCUACGUCAAUCAGCAGUGAUUUAGUAUCUAUAAAUUUUACAGCUGUACAUAUUAUCUAACUACUAAUAAAUUCUACCAAAACAAUGCGGUCCAAUGAAGACCUUUUACAAAAUUCAAAGUCUGAUUACAUAACUUUCAUUGUCUAAACCUCCUUAUAUUUAGAGGGUGUUCAUACUUUAUUUACAAAUGUGUAGAAAUCUUAAAAUUACUUGACGGUGCUCGUUAAUUUAACUAUUAAAAACUUUAACUACAGGAAUCUAGUAAAAUAAACAGAAACUGCGAUAUUUUUUACAUGCAACAGAAUGCUGCUUUUUAGAAUAACAAUGGAAUGAAAUAGUAUUAUAAUAAAUAUUUAGUUU